AGAGGAAGUGUUUCGUCCAUGUGACCAAAAACAACCAAUGGACGCUCUUGUUUAGCCUAGCGUAGAAGCAAUCGAGUACGUCGAUAACCCUGUAUCAACCUUUCCAGGGAUCCGUACUUUUACAGACAUGCCCAAUAAACCGAAAAAAGAAAAGACGAAAACGACUGUCAACGCUAAAACAACGGGAAAGGAAACCAAUGACAACGGAGAUAAUGAGGCGUCAAAAAAGAAAGCUCAACAAAAUUCCACUGAGACUCAUCCACCACCAACAGCUAUAUCUAAGAUCAAAUAUCCUGGACCUCCACAUAUAAAAAGGGAUAAAAGACAAAAUUCAUCUAGAUUUAAUAUCACUAAAAACAGAGAGCUGCAAAAGCUACCCUUGCUCAAAGAUGCCACUCCAGCAGAGAGAGAAGAAUUAUUUAUUCAAAAAAUUCGUCAGUGUUGUGUUUUAUUUGAUUUUGUGCAAGACCCACUCAGUGAUUUAAAAUGGAAAGAAGUUAAAAGAGCAGCUUUAAAUGAAAUGGUGGAGUACGUCACACAGAAUCGUGGGGUCAUCACAGAAGCCAUUUACCCUGAGGCCAUCCACAUGGUAAGUUUUUCAGGUAAUUUAUUUAGAACUUUGCCACCGUCCUCUAAUCCCAGUGGUGCUGAGUUUGAUCCAGAAGAGGAUGAACCCACACUGGAGGCAGCAUGGCCUCAUUUGCAGCUUGUUUAUGAGUUUUUCCUACGAUUUUUGGAAUCACCAGACUUUCAGCCUAAUACAGCAAAAAGAUAUAUAGACCAAAAAUUUGUUUUACAAUUGUUGGACUUGUUUGACAGUGAAGAUCCUCGUGAAAGAGAUUUCUUAAAGACAAUAUUGCACAGGAUAUAUGGGAAAUUUUUAGGGUUACGGGCAUAUAUUAGAAAACAUAUAAACAAUAUUUUUUACAGUUUUGUAUAUGAAACAGAAAGGCAUAAUGGAAUAGCAGAGUUGUUAGAAAUUUUAGGAAGUAUAAUUAAUGGGUUUGCAUUGCCACUAAAGGAGGAGCAUAAAAUCUUUCUUUUAAAAGUAUUACUUCCCCUUCAUAAGGUGAAAUCUCUCAGUGUUUAUCACCCACAAUUAGCAUAUUGUGUUGUACAGUUUUUAGAAAAGGACCCAAGCUUAACAGAACAGGUUAUAAUGGGAUUAUUAAAAUUUUGGCCAAAAGUUCAUAGUCCUAAAGAGGUUAUGUUUUUAAAUGAGUUGGAAGAGAUCUUAGAUGUGAUAGAACCAGCAGAGUUCACCAAAGUGAUGGUACCAUUAUUCAAGCAGUUAGCCAAGUGUGUUUCAAGUCCACACUUCCAGGUAGCAGAGCGAGCCUUAUACUAUUGGAAUAAUGAGUACAUUCUCAGUCUUAUAUCUGAUAAUGUAGCUACUGUUCUUCCCCUCAUGUUUCCUGCUCUCUAUAAGACACAACAGCACUGGAAUAAAACCAUUCAUGGAUUGAUCUACAAUGCUCUGAAACUGUUCAUGGAAAUGAAUCAGAAAUUGUUUGAUGACUGCACACAGCAAUAUAAAGCAGAAAGACAAAAAGAAAAGGAAAAACACAAACAAAGAGAUGAAGCCUGGAAUAAGAUACACUCUCUCGCCCAGGAUAAUCCUCAGUUCAAAUCCUUGACUUCAUCUGUGUCUUCUGGGCUAAACUCCACUGUGUCUCCAACCACCAAUAAUGUCCCUGAUGAGGAAGGAGAUGUGAUGGUCUCUAUGGAAAAAUUAGAGGCGGAAGCUAAGGAUGCAAAGAAUUCUCUUAUUCAGAAGAAGAAAAAAGACAAACCUCUCCUCCGGCGUAAAUCAGAACUCCCCCAUGACAUGUCCAUGAUCAAAGCACUAGAAACCCAUAAACGUAGCGAUGAGUUCUUGUUGACGUCAUCAGAACAGAAUUGAUGAUUACUCCUAACAGUAGUGUCUUCUUAUGGGCUGAAAGAUUUGAGACUCUCAGCAGCCUACUAAUUUGUUUUAGUCUUAGUCUUUUCAUAAAAAAAAACACACACUAUAUUAAAAUAAUUUUUUCUUAAAUUUUCUUAAGAAUUUUAUUUUGGCAAUAAAAGGUCACUGAUACCUCAAAUAGCUUGAGGCUAUUUAAGUAAAUGAAUAGAAUGAACAUUUGGUCUCAAGGUACUUUCCUCUCCAGUACACUUAUCUCUGUGUUGAUUUCAAGCUGCCUAACAGUAGGGUUUCUAGGUCAAUUCUGAUUGCAGUACUAUUGGUUUUAAAUGACUUUUAAUUGUACAAUUGUUUUAUGUACUCUAAUGAUGUCUGUUUAUUUUAAUGACCCUAAGAUUGGUUUGUUUGUGUAUUGAUAUUUGUAAUUUAUAAUUUAUCAAAUAGAAAUAGUUUUUCCUUCAUUUUGCGAGGGUCACCAAUCAAUGUAGGUUGUACAAUUAUUUCUUUAAACAUUAAUGGCUAGUCUUUUUUUAACUUGAUAUUCAGACCCAAGAUAUAUAUCUAUAGAAUGUCAUUAUUUCUUCAAUAGUUUUGAUUUGAUUAUGGCUGCAGAUUUGUGCCUCAAGUUGAUAAGUUGAUAUGGUAUCAUUUUUAGUUUAUUGUGUAACUGACCUUUAUUUUUUUUUCUAAAACUAGGACAUACAUAACCGUUUAGUAAUGAAGCUCCAAAUGUGUUUUAAGCUGUUUCAGCAAAUGUACUUUUCUUUGAAAGAUUGAACUAUAAGUGAAGCUUUUUAUUUUGAACACAUUUUUAAAUUGUUAUUGUGUAAAUAGGCACUAUAUAGAGUUUAAAACAACAGAUUAACGUGAUACAGAUCUUCAUUUGAGUGUACAGUGUUAUGCCCUCACCAUUGCACUAACAAUUAGCAACACUACAAAUAAGUUAUACAUGUUGUUGUUCUCAAAUGCAUUCAUGUCAUAUAAUGUUGAAUGUUGUCAUCAUCCACUUUUUGUUUCUCCAUCUCUUGUGCAUCAUUCUCUCUUCCAGUGGAGCAAAGUUUCAUUUCAUGGGUACUGUUGUUAUGUUAAUAUUACAUGGGAGAACAAUUUGGGCUUUGGGUGAUGUCUUGCUGAAUGUGUCCCGCAGAGUAGAUUUAUUAUACCUGCUUAGUUCUCUUGGUUAAUUUAGCAUUUUGUUUUUCAAGUGGUUUACAAAGCACUACACAAGUGUUUGAAAAUGAUCCAGCCUACUUGAUGCUAUCAUGUGUUUAAAACUAAUCCUUGAGUUGAUAAAAUGAUGGGUGAAGCUUUUUCACCAUUAGCAGAAGCAUGCUUUGACUUUAUGUCCAUGUCAUGGAAGUCUUCAUGUUUAGCUUAUUCAACCCUUACACUUUUUUAAAUCAGUUCUUUGGGAUAGAUCAUAGUCUUUGUCAGACAAGUCUGUGUGUGUGUGACUUAAUCGACACACUUUACUGAACAGAAAACUUAUUGCCUCUUUCAAGCAUGCACACACUCAUGGAAAUCAGACAAACUAACUAUACUAUUUGUAAACCCUACAGUCAUCAAAUUCAAAUGGGGGGCCAGUUCACCUCAAGCAAAGACAAAACAAAAAUAGAUAGUCAAAUAUUUAUAAUUAACUUUCCUGUACUGCAGUGCUGAACAACUGAAGAAAACAGCACGCUUUUUUUCCUUGGCACAGUCUGCAAAAGAGCUCACAGCUCAGCAGCAAUAAAGCUGGCUAGAAGAAGAAGAAUUAACUUUCUUGUGGUUUAGCAAAAGAUCAGAAUAUUACAAAUGUAUAUUUUUAUUAGGGAAAAUAUUUUAAUAUUGCCUUUAAAAACUUUUAGCAUUUUAUUUAUUUCUAUACUUUAAAAAAAAGGGAUAUAAAAUCCUGUAUGAAUAAGUACAAUUGACAUGUUGCCACAUUUCUGAAAUGAAAGUGUACACAUUUGUAUAUGUUUCUAAGAGUAGGCUGAUGUGUGAUGAUUUCAUUUUUAUGUUGACCAGAAAACUGUGUUACAGUGUCUACUGUUUUGGUCUAGAAUUAUUGAUGCAAUUUGUAAUGCCAUUCUUGAUUGAGGUUAGUUUGAUGUUAUUCACGGAAGUAUUAGUAGAUAUUACAUCUUUGCCCAAUGGUUCAACUUUUUGUGGCCCAAAUUUUGUGUUUCCUACUGACCACUUUCUACUUGAGUACCAAACUAAAGUGAAUUCAUAGCUCAUCCUAAAGUAUUACAUUCCAGACUGAACAACUGACCUGUUCUAUGGUCAUAUUAGAGCAUUACAAAUAUACAGCUUUUUUUUUUUUCAUAUAUAUAUAUAUUUAAAUUUUAAUGGUCAUUGGAAUUAAAAUUGAAUGACUCAUACAAUUAGCAUCUUAAAUUACCUUUUUGACAUAUAUCAAGUCAAAAUGCAUUGCAUUAUGUUUGAACAAAAUUACUUUCAAUAGAAAUGCUAUCAAUGGUAUUAGUAUCAUUUUUUAAAAUUAAAUCAAGUUUAUUUUGUUUGUAUAGUAACACUGUGUUACUGAAAUAGUAUUAUAUCAUUUGUAUUGAUGGACAGAGUUCAUUACAGUCAGUUUUGUGAUAAUCAGCUCUGUUUAUGUUGUUUUUAACUUAGCCUAUAUUCUGACAUCUAAACAUUGUAACCAAAGUUGCUGUAAUAACAACAUGAAACCAACCAAUGUUAGAGUAGAUUGGUGUUAACUUGAUAAAAUCUAAUGUGUAAUAAUAUCUCUGACCUUGUCUGUUCCAUAUUGAUGCACUAACAGUUACAUGGAUGUCAUAUUAAAAUUGUUCUUGUAUGUGGAUAUACCCAGUUGUACAUUGCUUCACUUGUAAUAAAACUCAAUCUUACAUACUUUGA